AGUUUUGUUACUUAUCUAAUGUUAUACAGACGUUAAUAAAGAAAAAGUAGGCAGAAAAAAAAAAAUAGCAAAAUGAAUUGUAGAUAUUAUACUGAGAUGACACUUGGGUGGAUGUUGAACAAUAAAAUGAUUGUGUUCCUUGGAGUGCUGGCAUUUUGUUUAUUUGUGUCGUUGUUAGCAAUGGUCGGACAAAGAAACAGAGCGUAUCGCGAAUUAGAAGAUUUAAAGGAACAACUCAAUAAUAAAGAAGUUACAAGCACCCCCACCGAAGAAUCAACCACUGAUGCUAAUAGUGAAUCAACUACAGAUACAAAUGUGGAAUCAACUACAGAUACAAAUGUGGAAUCAACUACAGAUACAAAUGUGGAAUCAACUACAGAUACAAAUGUUGACUCAACUUCUACUACACUUAAAGAAGGGGAACCAACAAACGUUAUUAAUAAUAAGAUAAAUGAAUUUAGUGAAGUGAAAACAUCAAUUGUGCCAGAGUCAUUACAUAAUAAUAUUAAAAAUAAUACAUUUCGUAAUAAAUUACUUAAGUUAAUGCAAUAUAUAAAUUGAGGGUC